CUCAGUCGCAUAGUCCCCUCCCUCAACACCGCAAAUAUGGCCGAGGGAAUGUUCUACAAUGCGACCAACGGCUACGUCGAAGGCGUGGUGCGUGGCUACCGAAACGCACUGCUCACGAACCAGAACUACGGCAACUUGACCCAAUGCGAGAAUAUCGACGACGUCAAGCUGCAACUCGGACCUGCGUACGGCGACUACCUCGCCUCCCUCCCCCCAAACCCAUCCACAUCCGCUCUCGCCGACAAGACGCUCGACAAGCUCGUCGCCGAGUUCCGCUAUGUCCAGGCGCAGGCCACAGGGAGUCUCGCCAAGUUCAUGGAAUACUUGACUUAUGCCUACAUGAUCGACAAUGUGGCGCUCCUCAUCACCGGCACACUGCACGAACGCGACACGAAAGAGCUGCUGGAGCGCUGUCAUCCGCUCGGCUGGUUCGAGACCAUGCCCGUACUCUGCGUCGCGACAAACAUCGAGGAGCUCUACAACUCCGUCCUGAUCGAGACUCCGCUGGCGCCGUACUUCAAGGGCAGCAUCAGUCACCAGGAUUUAGACGAGCUGAACAUUGAGAUUAUUCGCAAUACGCUCUACAAGAAUUACCUGGAAGACUUCUAUCGAUUUGUGAAUGAGGAGGCUGGAAUCAGUGGGACGCCUACAGCAUCUGUGAUGAGCGAAAUAUUGGAAUUCGAGGCAGAUCGCAGGUCCAUCAACAUCACCAUUAACUCAUUUGGCACAGAGCUGUCGAAGCAGGACAGGAGAAAGCUGUAUCCCAACUUUGGAAGACUGCACCCUGAAGGAACCUUGAUGCUGAGCAGAGCGGACGAUGUGGAGGGCGUGCGAAUAGCAGUCGACGGUGUUCACGACUACCGAACUAUGCUGGACCAGACUGGCAUGGGAGGCAACUCUUUGGGUAACCAGUCCGGCGGCAUUGGUGGAGACGAGGGCAAGAGUCUGGAAGAUUUGUUCUACCAGAAGGAGAUGGAAAUCGCAAAACUGGCCUUCACAUAUCAGUUCACGCACGCGGUUGUGUACGCGUGGGUCAAGCUGAGGGAGCAGGAAAUCCGAAAUAUCACAUGGAUAUCAGAAUGCAUUGCGCAGAACCAAAAGGACCGAGUCAAUAAUUACAUCAGCGUGUUUUGAGCAUAGCAAGCGAUACUAGCUCGCGUGCUCGGAGCCUAGGAGUCGGGAUGGAUAUCGUAGCAUAAGGUAGAAGGAUGCACAUUAACAGAAAUGUAUCAACAUCUUGCAGCAACGAGCCAGCCAUUCCCAUGUGACGAUGACUUCUAAGAACGCGUGGGAUAUGCACAGCGAUCGAUACUACCUUACCUGUACCUUU